AUGGCGGCCUCCAUGUGCGACGUGUUCUCCUUCUGCAUGGGCGUGGCGGGCCGGGCCCGGGUCUCCGUGGAAGUUCGCUUCGUGAGCAGCUCCAAGGGAAAGGGGCUUUUUGCCACGCAGCUGAUCCGGAAGGGGGAGACCAUCUUUGUAGAACGGCCCCUGGUGGCCGCACAGUUUCUCUGGAAUGCACUCUAUCGCUACCGAGCCUGUGACCACUGCCUGCGGGCACUGGAGAAAGCGGAGGAGAAUGCCCAGAGGCUGACUGGGAAGCCCGGCCAGGUGCUGCCUCACCCUGAGCUGUGCCCUGUGCGCAAGGACCUCCACCAGAGCUGUCCCCACUGCCAGGUGAUGUACUGCAGUGCAGAAUGUCGGCUGGCAGCCGCUGAGCAGUACCACCGGGUCCUGUGCCCAGGCCCCUCCCAGGACGACCCCCUGCAUCCUCUCAAUAAGCUGCAGGAGGCAUGGAGGAGUGUUCACUACCCCCCUGAGACGGCCAGCAUCAUGCUGAUGGCCCGGAUGGUGGCCACGGUGAAGCAGGCCAAGGAUAAGGAUCGUUGGAUCAGGCUCUUCUCCCAGUUCUGUAAUAAAACGGCCAACGAGGAGGAAGAAAUCGUCCACAAACUCUUGGGGGACAAAUUCAAGGGCCAGCUGGAACUUGUGCGGAGACUCUUCACAGAAGCCCUUUAUGAGGAAGCGCUGAGCCAGUGGUUCACUCCAGAUGGGUUCCGGUCUCUCUUUGCGCUUGUUGGGACCAAUGGUCAAGGAAUUGGGACCAGCUCCCUCAGCCAGUGGGUCCAUGCCUGUGACGCUCUGGAGCUGAAGCCACAGGACCGCGAGAAGCUGGAUGCCUUCAUUGACCAGCUGUACAAGGACAUCGAGGCAGCCACUGGCGAGUUCCUGAACUGUGAAGGAUCAGGCCUCUUUGUGCUUCAGAGCUGCUGCAACCACAGCUGUGUCCCCAAUGCAGAGACUUCCUUCCCAGAAAACAACUUCCUCUUGCAUGUCACCGCCCUGGAGGACAUUAAGCCAGGAGAGGAAAUCUGUAUCAGCUACUUAGACUGCUGCCAGCGGGAGCGCAGUCGCCACAGCCGCCACAAGAUCCUCAGGGAGAACUAUCUGUUUGUCUGUUCCUGCCCCAAAUGCCUGGCAGAAGCUGAUGAACCCAAUGUGACCUCAGAGGAGGAGGAUGAAGAGGAGGAAGAAGGAGAGGCAGAAGAUGCAGAGCUAGGGGACGAGAUGACCGAUGUGUGA